UUUUGUUGCUGUUCUCAUUUUAAUUGAUAACUCUAAAUCGUCAGUCAUUUCAAUAAAAAUCAAGUUGAUAUCCGACAAAAACAUCCAAGUUAAAAAUAACUUGACCAAUGACAUCAGCUGGACUCAAUUCCUCGAGAAAUACAAUAAAACAUACUCACCAAAUGAAAUGUGGUACAGACAAGCAAUAUUUGAAAAUAAUAAGAGGAUAAUAAACCAUCAAAACGAAAAAUAUAUGAGAGGAGAGUCCUCAUACAGAGUGGAGAUCAAUUACUUUGCUGAUCUUACUAAAACUGAAUUCUUUGAAUUGUACAAGGGCUAUCAAUAUGGGAAAAGACAGGAAACAAGCAGAUCAGUCCAAAAACAAGAGGACUUUGACUUACCGGCUAGUGUUAAUUGGAUCACUAAGAAAAUUGUGACUCCCGUCAAAAAUCAGAGGAAUUGUGGUUCCUGCUAUGCUUUUAGCACUAAAAUGGGGUGGAUUAUUGGCUUGUCAAGAACAGGUCACGUUUUAUUAAUAUUAGUGUCUAGUUGGGGUAGUUCUUGGGGUGAGAACGGAUACAUCAAGAUGUCACGUGGAAAGAAUAAUCAGUGUGGUAUAGCCACUGCAGCAAGUUAUCCACUUCUCUAAUCAUUUGGACUUGUUUUGUUGAUUAUUAAUUUGUUUACUCAUGAUAACUUU